GUAUUUAUAGUAAUCAUCAUUUUUUCUUAAAAAAAAGUUUCAUCGAUAUUAAAAGAAGGUGGAGAAUUUAGUUAUAUAAUAACACAAAAAAGUGGAACAAUAUAUUAUUUUUGUUCAUUUAGUUCCCAUUGUGCAUAUGGUAUGUGGGGUACGAUUAAUAUUGAUCCAAAUCCUACAAGUAAUUCAUCACCGCAAACAACAUAUAACCCUGAACCUACACCUACAUCUCCAGAUAGUGAAAAUAAUUUACCUAUAAUAAUUGGUUCAUCUAUUGGAGGAUUUUUUGCUCUUGCAAUAUCAGGAUUAAUUAUAUUUAUGUUAUAUAGAAGAAAUAAAUAUCAAAAACAAUUUGAAAUUGCAAUGCAACCUUAUGAUCCAAAAUUAAAUGUUGGUGAUGGAAAUGAUAGAAUAAGUAAUAGUGAUGGUAAUAUUGGUAUACCAGCAACAUCUGCGUCAUCCGUUAAUUUAAGCAGAACAAAUACAAAUACAUAUGAUGAUCAUUCAAAUAACGAAGUUAUAAUGUCAAAUAUAUCGCCAAAUAUGGCAAGUAUAGCCCCAAGUAUAGUGUCAAAUAUAGUGCCAAAUACACAACUAAAUGAAGAAACGAUGAGAGGUUAUGAUGAUAGAGCAAGUAGCGUUUAUAGAGGAAGGGAUUCAUUGUACCAAUAUAAUGCUAGCGAUGGAGAAAGAUCAGAAAGAUCUAAAUCGCCUCCAACAUAUAAUCCAACACUAAAUACAAAUUAUAAUCCAUAUGAUAAUGAAAAAUCUUAUUUAAGACAACAACAACAACAACAACCACCAUUUCCCCAACAAUCUCUUCAACAACCUCCUAUUCCCCCACGUCCUAAUAAUUUUCCACCAUCGCAACAACAAUUUGGCGCACCUUACUUACCACCACGACCAUUAGCAGUAAACAGGUUCCCACCACAAUAUGGACCAUCAUCAUCACCACCACCACUUCAAGAGUUCCAAUAUAAUGCAUCUUCUGAUCCUUUCGGUCCUGCUAAUCCUGGUCAACAUUAUCAGCAUAGACAAAGUAAUUUACCACGACCUCCACCUCCACCUCCCUCUCAACCACCUCCGUCUCUACCACUUCCUCCACCACCAAAUCAACAACAAACUGGUCAUUAUAUCAUUGAUCCUUCUCAAUAUUAUGGUCCAAAUAAUAGUGAUAAUUAGACUAGAAAAAUGAUUUUUUCCGAUAAAUUUUAUGUUUUUUUUCAUAUUUAAUAAAAUAUGAUCAUUUAUUAAAUUAACACGUGAUUUGUACACGUUAUAAAAAUUUUUGUACUUCCCGAAAUUUAAU